UGCUGGAAAGUGACCCCGCGCUCGUGCACUACUGAGGGAACGCGCUUCGGUUUGACACACACUCACACAAUGUGCGUCACGACUUCCGGUUCCGUGAAGCGCUGAGGAGGAAGCCAGUCCCACUUGAUCUGUGGCGGAUGUGAAACCGUUAACCGGACGCCGUUAUCAGCGCGUUUCUGAGGAGGAGGAGCCGGUGCGCGCGAGGUUCCUUUGAUGUUCGAGGCGCGUGCAGAGGUGCUGCUGCAGCUGCUCCGGUGAUGUUUCGUGCGCGCGACGGUGCGAGUGAUGUGACGUCAGUUUGGUCGGUGGCUCGCGCUGCGCAGACGGUGUUGAUCUGAUCCCGGGUUUUCUUUUCUUUUCCCGAACAUGGACGCGGAUGCGGGCGCGUGGAUCCCGCUGCUGCUGUGGACCGGGGUGUCGGUGCUGCUCCCGGUGCUCAUCACGCUGUGGUGCAGUGUGCGGCGCUCGGAGCGCGCGGUGCGCCUCAAAGACCUGUCGCGCGCGAGCCGCCACAGCUGGCGCUACACGGACCUGUUCGGUAAGCCCACGUACUGCUGCGCGUGCGAGUUGCCCGUGCUGCACGGCGCCUUCUGCGACUGCUGCGGCGUGUGCGCGCACGAGGCGUGCGCGCGAGCCGUCGAGCGCGCGCUGGCCUGCAAGGAGAUCGCCGCGCCGGCGCACGCGGACGGAGGCUUCCGCCACCGCUGGGCGCGCGGGAACGUCCCGCUCGCGAGCUACUGCGCCGUGUGCAAACAGCAGUGCGGCACGCAGCCCAAACUCUGCGACUACAGGUGUGUGUGGUGUCAGACGACAGUUCACGACGACUGCAAACCGGCUCUCGGCGAUGACGAGCGCUGCGAUUUGGGCGAGUUCCACUCCAUCAUCAUCCCUCCCUCGUACCUGUUUCAUCUGAACAAGCUGCGGCGCAGACAUCCGGACGAGUACUGCAAGCUUGCAGCAGUGUGUGGAAGUGGGUGGAGCCCCCUGCUGGUGCUUGCUAACACACGCAGCGGAAACAACAUGGGCGAAGAGCUGCUCGGAGAGUUUCGAACCCUACUCAACCCAGUGCAGGUAUUCGACCUGUCCGAGAUCGUUCCUGCCAAAGCCCUGCAGCUGUGCACUCUGCUGCCCCCUGGCUGUGUGCGUGUGCUGGUGUGUGGAGGAGAUGGUACCGUGGGCUGGGUGCUGGAUGCCAUCGAUGUCAUGAAACAGAAGGGUCAGGAUCAGUUCAUCCCCCGUGUGACCAUCCUCCCUCUCGGGACGGGGAACGACCUGUCCAACUCUCUGGGCUGGGGUUCGGGUUACGCCGGUGAGAUUCCUAUCGAGCAGGUGAUCAGGAACAUUCUGGAGGCUGAACUGGUCAAGAUGGACAGAUGGAAAGUUCAAGUCGUCUCCAAAGGAAACUACUUCCGCAAGCCAAAGGUUUUGUCCAUGAAUAAUUAUUUCUCUGUGGGUCCAGACGCUCUGAUGGCCCUGAACUUUCACACGCACCGAGAAAAGACGCCGUCCUUCUUCUCCAGCCGCAUCAUCAACAAGGCGGUGUAUUUUCUCUAUGGAACCAAAGACUGUCUGGUGCAGGAAUGUAAAGACUUGGACAAAAGGAUUGAGUUGGAGCUGGAUGGAGAGCGGGUGCCGUUGCCCAGUCUGGAGGGCAUCAUCGUGUGCAAUAUCGGCUACUGGGGUGGAGGCUGCCGGCUGUGGGAGGGGAUGGGAGACGAGCCGUGUCCUCCAACACGACUCGAUGACGGGCUGUUGGAGGUGGUCGGGGUGUUUGGAUCGUUCCAUUGCGCUCAAAUCCAGGUCAAACUCGCCAACCCUGUCCGACUGGGCCAGGCACACACUGUGAGGUUGGUCCUGAAGAGCUCGCACAUGCCGAUGCAGGUGGACGGAGAGCCGUGGGCUCAGGGCCCGUGCACCAUCACCAUCACGCACAAAACUCAGGCGCUCAUGCUGUACCACAGCGCUGAGCAGACUGAUGAUGACGAUGACGAAGAGUCCAGCGUCUCGGACGCUGAAGGACUGUCAGUGAAGAGUGUUCAUACUCCGAAGAAGAGUUCAGAACCUCACUGAGGCUGCGGCUGCGUCCCAAAUGCAGAUGUGGUGGUCUGCUCUGGCUAUGUAAUUAAAAGUUUUUUUGUUUUUUUUUGAAUAUAAGUUUUUGCUGACUGACGUUCACACGGUUACGUUUACAGACCUGCCGACCUUCAUGCGUUUUAACAUCAGAGUGCGCCGGAAUGAUUCAUCACUUGAUGGUCUCUUUACCCUCAGGUUAAAAACAGCACAUGACCCGACUGACGUGAAUCUGUAAUGAUUAAUAGUCACAUAGAGGUGAAGAGGGCGGCACGGUGGUGUAGUGGUUAGCGCUGUCACCUCACAGCAAGAAGGUCCGGGUUCGAGCCCCGGGGCCGGCGAGGGCCUUUCUGUGCGGAGUUUGCAUGUUCUCCCCGUGUCCGCGUGGGUUUCCUCCGGGUG